AUCCCUACAUUUCUCUCUUCCUCCUCCUCCUUCUCCUCCUUCCUCUUCCUCUUCCUCCUCCGAGACUCUUCCUCACUGUCAGAGCCAACAAACCAUUCAACCAGAUCAAGAAAACGCCACCUUUUGACCUUACCGUCUCUUCUGAAACACACUCACCUUCCCUUCUAGCGAACUGGGGAGUUUAUUCAGCGGCGAUGGCGGAGGAGCUGGUGCAGCUGUUCCAGGAGGCGAGUAAGGCGGCGGACGCGGCGGCCGUACGCGUCACCGGCGGUGAGGCUGACGAGAGCCGGUGCCUCGACGCCCUGAAGCGCCUCAAGACCUACCCUGUCACCUCCCAAGUUCUCGUCUCUACUCAGGUUGGUAAAGGGAUUCGACGUCUCACGAAACACCCAAGGAAGAAGAUCCAAGCCUUUGCUUCUGAAGUGAUCCGAAUAUGGAAACAGAUAGUUACUGAGGAAUCGAAUGGAUGCAAGAGAAAAGAAGCUGAGCAUGGUAGGGGUACCGUGAACGUUGGGAACGACAAUGAGGUUGAGAAGGACUCGCCUUUUAGGGCUAAUGAGGGUUCCGAGAACGGCACUGUGAAGGCUAGAAAGAUUGAGCGGAAUGGUACCCCUGGUUCCAAUAAGGUCGAGAAAGCAAACUUUGAAGAGAAGUCUGAUGAUGCCCUCAAUAGGGCAAUACCAAAUCACAGUCCUCAAAAGUCGACACCUCUGGUUAAUUGCAAUGAUCCUAUGAGGGACAAGGUCCGGGAGCAACUCCAUGAGGCGCUGUCCAAGGUUUCUGGCGAGGCUGAGGAAGACAUGAUCGAGGAGGUGAAUGCAUGUGACCCAGCAAGAGUGGCUGUCUCAGUUGAGUCCGUGAUGUUUGCGAAAUGGGGAAAGAUGAAUGGGGUGCACAAGAUCAAGUACCGCUCAAUCAUGUUCAAUAUCAAGGAUCAGAACAACCCCGACUUCAGGAGGAAGAUCCUCCUUGGGCAGAUCAAGCCCGAGAGGCUCUUGACCAUGACAACCCAGGAGAUGGCGAGUGACCAUAGGCAGAAGGAGAACCAGCAGAUCAAGGAGAAGGCCAUGUAUGAGUGCGAGCUCGGUGCCGCUCCCAAGGCCACAACCGACCAGUUCAAAUGCAGCCGGUGCAGACAGAGGAAGUGCACUUACUAUCAGAUGCAGACGAGGAGCGCAGAUGAGCCCAUGACGACUUAUGUGACCUGCGUUAAUUGCAAUAACCAUUGGAAGUUCUGUUGAUUGAUGGAACAUUCCGUUCAGUCGUUGCAGUUCAUCCAUUUAUCUUCGGUUUAGUCAGUGUUAGUCAUUGUCAAUUCUAGAGGCUGUAGCCUGUUCAGAUAGGAUUAGAUUGUCCAUUUUAGAGGCAGUAGCCUAGCAGUCCCGGGAGAGUCUAAUCGAUUCGUCGACCACAAUCUUAAGUGGUUUCUCAGUAUCUGUUUCUUCUGUCCUGAUAAUGUGUCUUAUAUCUAGUGUUUGUCGGAGUCGGUGUUGCAUGAAUUAUCAGACGCAACAGUGUAGUUUUAAGUUUUAGAUCAUUAGACUGUUGUUUUGGUUCAAUUAUGAAAUAAACCUCCAGUGGCAGUUCUUGUGUA